GCGGAGGACGCAGUUCGCCGUGGAUUUACACCCAGACAACAGCUUCCACGCCGCACGCCGGAGCUUCUCUGGAGCCCACUAUCAUCAUUUACAGCUCAUCUGAACGUUUCUCGCGACCGGAGGACGGGAUUGUGCCACAGUGGAGCUCUCCGACGCGCGGGACGAUGCCGCACGCGCGCGUUUCAGCUUUCUCCUCAGCGUCUUUUCCCGUCUUGACACGAAAGGCGCACGUGAAUGUGAAUGUUUAUUAGCCGCCCGACACAACGCGCAGUCGUGCCGUCGUUUUGCACUUGGCGCGUGAAGAGCACGUGCCCAUAAGGCUUCCUCCCCGCCGCGCGCGCUCGUCCCUCGGAUGAGGAUCUGCCAGACUUUGCGGGGCUUUCGUGCGACCAGCGGGGACUGCGCAGCGCCAGGACGCGGUCGGAUGAGCUGAAAGUUUGCCGCGUUCGCGACCGUUUCCAUCACGACGCCGAUGAUGACUGAGAACAAUGAGACGGAGAGCGAGACGCAGCUGCGGCGCUCUCCGAGCACCAUGUCCAUCCAGCCCAUGUCGUCCAAGCUCCAGAGGCUGAAGCGCUCGCUGUCCUUCAAGACCAUGAUGCGCAGCAAGAGCGUGGAGAACUUCUUCCAGCGCUCGUACAGCGACGCCCGCCUGCCCUCUGACCUCAUCGCCGAGCCGCCGCCCCCCUCGCCGCCGCCGGCGCCCGGCUCCCCCCUGGCGGGCGAGCGCUCGCCGGCCGCCUCGCCGUCGCUCAGCCCCAACCCGUCCAUCGCCUCCCACUCGCCCUCGCUCAGCCUGUCCCCGGCGCUGCCCACGAAGCCGCCCCGGCCUCAGGUCACACACUGCUUCCAGGACCACGUGUUCCGCAAGCCCACCAGCUGCCAGCACUGCAAGCACAUGAUCGUGGGAAACUCCAAACAGGCUCUGCGCUGUAAAACCUGCAAGAUGGCCGCUCACCUGUGGUGCACCUCCGAGCUGUCGCAGCAGCUGUGUCACGGGAAGUCCGGGGCGUUCAAGCGAAACUUCAGCUCGCCGAUGCUCGUCAACGAGCAACUGGCCGUCGUCAAGGAAGUGCAGCCCAGUCAAGAAGCUGUGCGGACGCGUGUAGACCCUGUGUACGCUGCCUUGCGCUACGGGACGUCCUUGGCGCAGAUGAGCCGCUCCAGUUUUGGCAGUUUGACAGAGUCGCCGACACGCAGCCUGGGGGAGGGAGGUGAGGAGAGUCAGCAGAGACAGUGCAGCAUGGAGGAAGAGAUAACUCAGGAAAUAGGGGAAAUCGUCUCGCCGCCGCUCCCCGAGCCCCCGGUCCCCGACGCCGAGCUGGAGAAGGAGGAGGACGAGAGCGGUCAGGCUCCGCCUCCUGCAGAGGAGAGCGCCGUGAAGGUGCCGAAGCGCAUUGAAGUCCACUCCAUUCACACCUAUGUAGCGCUCUACAAGUUUCUGCCUCAGGAACAGAAUGACCUGGAACUACAUCCGGGUGAUCGAGUUCAGGUCACUGACGACUCUAAUGAGGAGUGGUGGAAGGGAAAGAGCGGCGACAGAGUCGGCUUCUUCCCCUCCAACUUCGUGCAGCGGGUGCGGCCCGGAGAGAGAGUGUGGCGGGUCGUGCAGGGCGCGCCGGGCGAUCGAGAGCGAGGACACAUGGCCGUGAGAGAAUCGCAGAUCUGCGUUGGGAAGCGAGACGACGGCGAGACGUACCUGAAGCUGAGCAGCGGGAAGAAGCGCGGCCUGGUGCCGGCCGACUCCAUAGAGGAGAUCUGAGGCGCCGCCGCCGCGUCGCCGCCAUCUCCCCACCCUCCACCCUCCCUCCGCUUCUCCUGCUCGGUUCCAUCCGGACCCCACGGGCCAGAACCGAACAGACGGGCCGGGCGGCAAACACACACUCCACCAGCCCACCCUGAAAGCACGGCCUGGAGUUUUCUGUGCGCUCUUUGUCCGCAGUCGAGUCUUGCUGUGCUUUUUUUUUUUCCCCUUUCUGUCUUUUCAAAUGCAAAUGUGAAGCGAACGCCCGGUCUCAUUCAGUCUUCUCCUCGGCGGAAGAUAGCGCCGUGGGAGGAGGCUGAGUCCUGUCACCGGGAACAUGGUGCUUCUGUCCGUGUCAUCGUCUCGUCUCGGCCCACUCUGGUUCACGCCGGCGUGUCCGAUGUCGGCCGGCGCCGAGGCCCGCGGCCCUGACGGUCGGUGGAGGAGGCGCUCGGACUGGAGGCUGAGCUGCUGCAGCGCCGAACGGGUCACGAGUCAGAACCGAUCAAACGUCGACCCGUCGGCCUCUUCUGAUGUGAAGGCCUUCCAUGUGUUACACGUGCUUCAGACUUUAUUUAUUUGAUGUUCUUCUAGUUCCAGAGGGAGCGUGAACACACGCUUAUGAAGGUUGAUGGUGAUAGGAAACUGUAGGAUUAAGCCGAUUGUAGAAUGAUGAAUAAAGCAUUUAAUGUAUACAGGCUGUUCAGUCAAUAUGUGAAAGGCUUUUAGGGACAAAUAAGCUCGACUAUAUCUGAGUAAUUUUUUUUUUUUGAGCUUCCGUCAUCGUCAGCGCUUUGAUUGAACUGGACAUGCAUCUGUCUUAUUGUGGGAAAAUUGCCGUGAGCUGCUCGUCCUCACGCUGGUGAACGCUCUUCAGUCAAUUACUUUGUUGCUCAAAUGUAUCUGAAGGUCACGUCGGCCGGUGUGGAGACAAGGAUGAUGUCGCAGCAGAACUGGAUUCGUGGUUUUUGCCCGUCGUCGUGUCGCGUCGCGUCGUGCACAGUUUCCUGUGGCGUCACAUGUUGAAGUAAGUGUGUGAUUAGAGUUCCAGGUCCGUGGGUUGGCUGCAUACCUCAAUAAAGCAUCUGACUUACUUUUAA